UCCACACGGAACGCCGCGAUGUUGCACCGGGUGUAACCAACGAGCUAACGCUGGGCUAGUUAGAUGUAGCCAGCUAGCUUUAGAUAAAAAUCUCCGAGGGAACAUGGUACUCCCUCUCGCCGAGGGACAGUGUUAACACCGGGUCGGCGGUAGGUCGUUUCGCAGUCGCCGCGCCGCCGCAGACCCCGCGCCCGGCUCGGUUUGUUCCCGGGUGGAGGCUAGUUAGCCCGUUAGCCGCCGCGGCUAGCAGCGGAUGGGUGUCAAAGUUAGCCGUGACUCCUGAUCUCGCAGUUUGGACACGUCAAGGUUCCUAAAACCCAUAUCUUGCAUUUCGGGGGUGUGAUGUCGGAACCCAAGACCCCCACUCCCACCCCGGCUGGAGACACGUACAAAGGAUGGGUGUUCAAAUGGACCAACUACAUCAAGGGCUAUCAGCGGAGGUGGUUCGUCCUGAGCAAUGGCCUCCUGUCGUAUUACAGGACGCAGGCGGAAAUGGGCCACACGUGCCGGGGCACCAUCAACCUGGCCACGGCGACCAUCACGGUGGACGACGCCUGCAACUUCGUCAUCUCCAACGGCGGCGCGCAGACGUACCACCUGAAGGCCAGCUGCGAGGUGGAGCGGCAGCGCUGGAUCACCGCCCUGGAGCUCGCCAAGGCCAAGGCGGCCCGCAUGCAGGCCGAGUCGGACGACUCGGGCGACGACUUCUCUCCGUCCUCGCCGCCCGCAGCGCCCGGACAAGGCGGCGGCGGCGGCGGAGGAGCGGCGCAGAACUCGGAGGUCCAGUCGGCCCUCAGGACGCUGGGCAGCAAGGUGGAGGACCUCAGCACGUGCAACGACCUGAUCUCCAAGCACGGCUCCGCCCUGCAGAGGUCUCUGUCGGAGCUGGACAGCCUGCGUCUGACCGGCGAGGCCGGCGAUAAGAUCCGUCAGGUGACGGAGCGGGCCACGCUGUUCCGCAUCACCUCCAACGCCAUGAUCAACGCCUGCAGGGACUUCCUGGCGCUGGCGCAGGCGCACAGCAAGCGGUGGCAGAAGGCGCUGCAGGCGGAGCGGGACCAGCGGGUGAGGCUGGAGGACACCCUGGAGCAGCUGGCCAAGCAGCACAACCACCUGGAGCGGGCGUUCCGGGGCGCCGCGCAGGCCAACGCCAGCCCCGACAGCAAGGGCGCCGCCGGCCCGGGGAAAGGCGAGGCCAGCGACGAGGACGACGACAACGAGUUCUUCGACGCCAUGGAGGAAGCCCCCGAGUUCAUCACCGUGCCGGCGGACCCGCAGUUCCACAAACGCUCCAGCAGCAACGUCAGUGGUUUCAACAGUGAAAUGUGUCCGGACGAUCAGUCGCUGAACGAGGAGCCACUGGCCAUGAACCAGGAGUCACCGUCCCAGGAGCUGCUGCCGCUGAGGAAGAGGCGGACCCGCAUCCCCGACAAGCCCAACUACUCCCUCAACCUGUGGAGCAUCAUGAAGAACUGCAUCGGCAAGGAGCUGUCCAAGAUCCCCAUGCCGGUGAACUUCAACGAGCCCAUCUCCAUGCUGCAGCGGCUGUCCGAGGACCUGGAGUACCACGAGCUGCUGGACAAGGCGGCCAAGUGCCACAGCUCGCUGGAGCAGAUGUGCUACGUGGCCGCCUUCUCCGUCUCGUCCUACUCCACCACCGUGCACCGCACGGGCAAGCCCUUCAACCCGCUGCUGGGCGAGACGUACGAGCUGGACCGCCGGCGGGAGAGCGGCUACCGGUCGCUGUGCGAGCAGGUGAGCCACCACCCUCCCGCCGCCGCCCACCACGCCAUCUCCGACCGAGGCUGGACCCUGAGACAGGAGAUCACCGUCGCCAGCAAGUUCCGGGGGAAGUACCUCUCCAUCAUGCCUCUAGGAACGAUUCACGCCAUCUUCGAAAAGAGCAACAACCACUACACGUGGAAGAAGGUCACCACCACGGUGCACAACAUCAUCGUGGGGAAGCUGUGGAUCGAUCAGUCUGGAGAGAUUGAUGUGGUGAACCACACCACCGGGGACCGCUGCCACCUCAAGUUCGCCCCCUACAGCUAUUUCUCCAGAGAUGUGGCCCGGAAGGUGACAGGCGUGGUGAUGGACAAGGACGGCAAGGCGCACUACGUGCUGUCGGGCACGUGGGAUGAGAAGAUGGAGUUCUCCAGGGUGAUGCAGAGCAGCCGGGGCGGGGAGAAUGGCGCCGAGGGCAAGCAGAAGACGGUCUACCAGACGUUGAAGGCCCGGGAGGUGUGGAGGAAGAACCCCCAGCCCGACGGCGCGGAGUCCAUGUACUUCUUCACCAGCCUGGCGCUGACCCUGAACGAGUCGGAGGACGGCGUGGCGCCCACCGACAGCCGGCGCCGGCCCGACCAGCGCCUGAUGGAGGAGGGCCGCUGGGACGAGGCCAACGCCGAGAAGCAGCGGCUGGAGGAGAAGCAGCGCAGCGCCCGGCGCGAGCGCGAGAGGGAGGCGGCCAGCCAGCGCUCCGCCAGCCAGUCGGACGAAGCUGUCGAUGAGGAUUCUCUUACUGACCCCUACUUGAAAACCGCGCCGCACGACAACUACCAGGCGCUGUGGUUCGAGCGCUGCGAGGACCGGAUCACCGGCGAGCAGGUGCACAUCUACAAGGGAGGCUACUGGGAGAACAAGGAGCGGGGCAGCUGGGACGGCUGCCCGGACAUCUUUUGACCCCGGCGGGGGCAGGACGGCAGGACGGCGUUCCCCUCCGGCGGCUCUCUGUUCUAAGAGAUCUCCAGGACCGACAGGGGAAGCAGGAUUUCCCCGCCACACAGCGUGCUUCCAGCCGGAGCUUCUGUCCGAUCGGGCGCAGACGAGGCUUCCAUCGUGUUCCCAAGAAGAAGAAGAAGAAGAAGAAAAAAAAAGAAAUUCAGAGAACAGGGGUCAAAUGUGGUUAAUAUAUAAUUAUUAUUCAAAUCAUUUUCAUUAAAAUGUCAACCGGUGGCCUUCAAUAUGUUAGCAAGGAUUUGUUCUGUUGUUGAUUUACUGUCUUAACGUGAUGAAGUGAAGGUUUCUGGCGUGCCUGCGUUGUGUGACUGCUUAUCUGCUCUUCCGUCACUACAGAAGACGGGGAGGGGCUCCGUCUCCUCCUCUUCGCCUUAGGAACCUCGGCGCUCGGCCGGUUUCUACGACUACCAUCAGUCUGCACGGUGAACACAGAGAAAACCGUUUUCGACGGCUUGCGUUGUCGAAAACCGAAAUUUCUCCGACGUUUGUCAAUAUGCAAGUACAUCUUGACACCAAAAACAUGGGAAGUAAUGAGUGUGAGACUGUAUGUGUGUGUGUGUGUGUGUGUGUGUUUCAUAAUUAUGUUUGUAAGUGUACUUAAAAAUGAAGAAUAAAGAAACAAAGAAUUUAAAAAGCAUUGCAAAUAACUAUGAUUUUAUAAAUGUAUAGAAAUUCAUAUUCUAGUAUUGAUAAACGUGAGGUAGUUUCUUUCCUUGUGUUUUGGGUUCCUCCUGAUAUCUGAAGGGGACUGUCUACAUUCUGAGG